AAACUCCGGGGGUGAGAUCACAGUGGGAGCUGACGACUGAAAAGGUGGAAAGUGAAAGUAAAGCCUCAGAAGGAGAAUGCGCGCAGGCCAGGAGCAGAACGGAGCAGCGCGGCCAGCACCACAGCACGCCAGACGCGUCCGCACUUAGUCACCGCGAAGGAUCAGUCGCCAUUCGGUGCGCGCCCGGACCGUCGUUCUGAAGCUGCCGGACCAGUGAACGGGUGCGACCACACCGACGCGCGGCUGCGCACUGAAUGCGUCUCCUGCAGGCUGCGCGGAGGCUUCCUGAGGUCCGCGGAGCUGCGAGGGCUGUCGCGUGUGCAGGAGGGACAGUGUGAGUCUGGUGGUGGCAGCAUGACAUCAUGGAGAUACGUGACCCACCUGUUUCUCUUUGUGCUCCUGAGCAAGAUCAACCUGUCGAAAGGGGGCUGUCACGACUACUUCAACAUAAAUUCAUGGGCUAAAAAUCUGACAGAAACCAUCUCCCUCGUCAAAACUAAGAACUCCGAGGACAUAGUGGAGUGUACUGUGGAGAGAGAGUGCCUGCAGGGAAGGAACAUAUGUCACAUACUGUAUCAGUGCUUUCAAAGAACAGUCGAGGUAAAGGAAAUCAGCGAAAAAUGCAAAGGGACCACUUUUCAGACCGUCCCGUACUAUCACUUCAUGUGCCUGACAGCCAGAGCUUUCAACCACAUUCCUGAAGGCUGUAAAUACGAGACCGUGUGUGAGCUCUAUCGGAAAGAGCCCAGCACUGUUUUUGAUCAGACAACACUGGCACCACCACCACCACCAACAACAACAACAACAACAACAGCCCCAACAACAACACUGCCAGAAAGAACAACAGCACCACCAACAACAACAACAACAGCACCACCACCAACAACAACAGCCCCAACAGCAACAUUGCCAGAAAGAACAACAGCAGCAACAACAGUAUUACCACCAACAACGGCAGCAUCAACAACAAUGGCACCGUCUGCUACACUAAAAUCAGCAUCACUGUCGCCAUCACCGACAACAGUCUCACAGCGUGCAGAUAGCAAAGCCCAUGGCCAAACAUUGCAGUCCAUGAAUAAAACAGGCAAUAAUAAUGCAGAGAACACAGAAAUCUUAACCCUGAAGAUAUUAUUAAUGAUCUCUGUGGCCUUCCAUGUGCUCGUGCCGCUGGCUGUUUACCGGUACAUGAGGAGGCAAGUCAGCGCAGAGCUGACACACUGCCGGCAUCUGUAUAUGGGAAUCAAGUGGAGAACUCACAUCUAAUGCAGCCCCUUGGGUGUGACUCCGUCGUCACACAAAAAGUUCAGAGAAAUGACUGCUCUGUCCGCUCUGAAAUCCUGCAUUAAGGACCCCACUGUCAACAUUGCCUCUGUCUCUAAAAUCAUGACAAAUAAGCAUCAGAUUGGAGAGGAUGAACUCUAAGGUGAAGCUACACUUCAAAUGCGAAGAGGAGUGAGAAUGAAGCAUGCCAGUCCAUUCAUCCACGCUGCAGUCUCUCAUCAACAUGGAGUACUGCAUCACCCAAGUCAAAGGGAAAUGAAGUGAAACAUCAGAUCACUGUGAUGAGUAUUGAGCUCCAAAUAUUGCGAAAUUUGUCUCCUGUGAAACACAGAAAAAAACUGGGCCACGCUGGGUACGAGACUAUUCAUGAGGGAGGUUUUUUUUCCACAGACAACAGAGAGGACAGGGGGGUGUAAUUACCUGAAUGAGUAUUAGAAGUAUUUGUCGUACCCAGAUUGAUAGCAUAAUCACAAGGAAGAAAAUGGUACAGGCCUCAUCAGGUUGUCUUUUGGUGGAUCUUUAUCUCAAUAGACAGGUAAUCAUAGGGUCGGCAGAGCUCCCACAGGUGUGCACAGCUGUUUGUUUGCAGCAACAUUUGUCAAAUACGCCAGCUGUUAAGCCCAACGUGAUACUUCAGGUGUUGUGUUGUUUUUCAUACAUGGAGAAGUUAUGAUGUGAUAUAGAGUAGCAACCAGGACAGGCAACACCCGACUGGCCCGUCGAUACUUCAGUCAACGUGCAUGCAGUUUUUGUGUUACAUACGUCUUCUGUACAGGUUAAUAUGUUAGGUAUAAAUGAAAAACAUUACAGCUUUAACGUCCACGUUAAUAAGGUCUGCUUACUCACUAGCUUCUUCCUCUGGGACUCCCUUACAGUGCAGUUCAGCUAAAGCAGGCGGUGCAUGUGAAGUAAGCUGCACAAGAAGAGAAGGAAGAAAUGUUUUUAAAUGUUGGUUAGAAAAAUGCUGACUGUGUGACUCCAGGUUUCCUUUCUGUAACAGACAGAGCAGCUAAUCAAGUUCUCAGACCCAAAAAGCACUGGUGUGUAUUGCAAGCGCUUGUUUUUCUUUCCUUUUGAGUCUGAUGGAGAUAAAGUUGAAAUGCUGGUCAUGCACCAAAGUAACAGAAAUGCAUCUUUAGUUGAGUUUCCAAGAGACAAUAUAUUUUUUGCUGUGUAGGAGCAGUAGAGUAUUAAUAUAUAUAUAUAUUCUUUGGACAUGUUUGAAAUGGCUCUUACGCAUAUAAAAGCUACACAAACAAACUUUUCCGGCCUUCAGAUACAUUUUCAAUGUCAGCAUGUUGACACAUGACAAUGACUGAUGAUAGCAUUGAGUAAAAUAACACUUCAUUUUGUGUUACAGCCCAUCUGCUGGUCACUGUGCUUGGAAUACUGUUAGACUUGUGGUCCUGCUCUGCUUGGCUUGUGCGUUUUACAUUGAUUGAAUGUGUUUAUGGUUUCAUUCAGGUUCAGCCACAAGUGUGAUGCCUGAUUUUUCUAUUUUUUUGUAAGUCAUCUGGGUUAUUUAUGGUGUCUUUAACAGACUGAAUUGCCACAGUGUGCAUGUGUGUGUGUGUGUGUGGUGUGGUUUUAUACACUUUGCUAGGAUUAAUGCACUUGUACAUACUACUUAGUCGUGAAUAAUAAUGAUGUGCAGACUGAAAUGUGAGAAAGUUGAGUAGGCAGAGCUGACCUGGAGGCAGCCCUAAUCUCACUGGCUGAGAUCAAUCUCAAUGGGCGGAGCCUCUAGGUAAAGUCACAGAUUACUAAAGGAGUCACUAAAGUACUGAAAAGUCACCUCAGUUAAAAUCGUCCAGUUAUCCAGCUUCCACUCUGAGCCUCCGGCCACUGAGGUUUAACUCGUCAGCCCUUGCAUGUGUUCCAGGAGACCAGGACUAAUUCGAAGUUUAGAGUGUGUAUCAUUUCGGCAGCACAUUUCAUUUAAAGAUGAAAUGGACUGUGCUCCAUCACGUUGUGAACAGGAACCAGAACAUCUAAGCUAUGCCUGGUCUCUGUUUGUGGUAUUUAACAUUUCUGAAAUGUAUGUGUUUUGUAAAAAUGUGAAGAAAUGCAUCCUCCCAAUGGUUAAACAUGCUACGCAUAGAAUUGUUAUGUGAUUGUAGCUUCUCUCAAACUAUUCUGAUAGCACUCCUAUUGGUUUGCAGAAAAAUGCCACAGUCCAGGUAAAGGUCAGGGUAUCUGUGAGUGUUGCAUCAAAUAACAAAACAAAUAAAGUCAACAACUAACAAAUAAAAUCAUUCUACUCUGA